AUGACGAUUACUACUUUUAAAACUACAACUUUUCCUACCGUAGGUGAUAUCUUGGCCUCUGCCAAGGAAUUUAAAGACGCAUGUUUUGAUGCUGCAGCCAACCAAGAGAUUGUCGACAAUAAUGUUGAGACAACAGUCGAUGAAUCUGUACCUGAAGAGGGUUUCAGUUAUUCUGUAGUAGUUGAGCUUUACAGAAAUCAUUCCCCUUUAGUCGACCAAGAAAAGAUGGUUACCACUGAAGUUUCAACUUUUGAAAAUAGUGUUGACAAUGAGAACGAAGACGAAGUUUAUAUUGAUAAAUUUCUCAACAUCGAAUUCCAAACUGCGGAUUUGUUGGAUGAAGAUAAUAGAAAUGAUAAUGAGUGGGGAACAGACGAUGAAAUCCAUAAAGACGAACUAGACGAAAACGAAUUCAUCACUGUUGAUAAUGAUGCAGCUUCUAUUCUUGAAGAAAGCUACGUCAAUAAGUAUCUUGUUGAGUUACAGGAGAGAUUGAAGUGGAAAAGACCAGAAGAGUAUCAGAAUGGGACUUUUUGGGUUCACCGAAAGAAUCCAUACUUUAUGCUUGAUGAUACUAACAAAGACCCGGGAUACCUCUAUACAUCUUGA